AGCAUUUGCUAGGCUUCCAAUGAAAAUGUCACCAAAACAAUGUCCACCAACAAUGUCCAGGGCAUCUGAUGGGCAAGCCAACGGAGCAGGAGCAGGACCCAAAAACACCACAUCAUGUGACUUCUACAACACAUAUACCAAGAUCUAUGCACCAGUUGUCAUUGACAGCAGUUGCUCUGAUGUUGAGGAAGUAGAGAAUUUUCAGGAGGAAGACAGAGACGCAGAUAUUGGACUGACGGCUGCAGACAUUCUGUCAAAUCUGUCACACAACAUAAACACAAAAAGCUGUAGCAGGUUAAAUAUAAACCGUGCUAAUGUCUGGGAUGGUGCUCUGAGGGGAUUCAAACGUUCCUCAUUUGACCCCACCUGUAGCCUUUUGGUCAAAUUCACUGAUGACAUCGGGCAAACAGAGGAGGCUGUGGACACAGGAGGGCCUACGCGGGAAUUUCUGACACUCUUGAUGGACGCCAUUAAAACCAGUCGAUUUUUUGAAGGCAAAGAUGAUGGCCAAUACAUUUAA